GUAUAUAUCGUUGUUGUAUCUCAUCGUCAUAAACUGCACAUCAUCAAAAUGGCAUCAAAGGCGGUGAAGAAGAUCGCGUACGACAAGAAGCUGUGCCAGCUCCUCGACGAGUACACGCAGAUCCUCAUCGCGGCGGUGGGCAACGUGGGGUCCAACCAGUUGCAGAACAUACGCCAGCGGUUGAGGGGUGAUUUCGUGUUCCUCAUGGGGAAGAACACCAUCAUGAAGCGGUCCAUCAGGAUCCACGCCGAGAAGACCGGUAACAACGCCUUUCUCAUUCAGAUCCCCGUCCUCGUGGGUAAUGUGGGUUUGAUUUCCACCAAGGGUAAUCUGAAGGAGGUGAGUGAAGAGGUGGCUAAGUACAAGAUUGCCCUGGAUCAAAAAAGAGUAUUGUAUCCUCCAACUCGACUGGCACAACAAGUAAAACUGCAGCAGUACCAGUUGAUAGAGCAGCUACAACACCCGCUUCGCAGAUUCUGGCAUCUACUCCUUUGAGUGUUGCAUCUCCUUCUACCCAUGCGAGUGUUGCAGAAAUGGCAGGAAAACAAGACUAUUACGUUGUGUUUGUGGGUAGGACUCCCGGUAUUUAUGAAUCUUGGCCAGCUUUUAGGGAACAAGUGACUAGAUUUCCUAGUGCCGUGAAUAAAAAAUAUAGCUCUUUCGAUGCAGCACACAGAGCUUGGGUGCGGUACACAACACCAGCUGAGCAUGUACAGUUUCCUCCAUUGUUGGAAUUUGCUGAUUCCGUUCGAGUGAAACAAAAAAUGGAGUUGGAAGUUCAAGUGGAACAAAAAGAAUCUGGUGGUGUUGUAUUGUCAUUACUUUUCUCCUUGGUGCAGUAUUUACUUAAUAUCAGUCGCGACAAUAUGUACUAUGUAGUUGUUAAGGUUGAAACUUGUAUUACUUUUUUUGGAAUAUCAAGUUGUAGUGUGGGAGCAUAUAUGACAUGGUGUUGCGAAUCCUGUAGAUUUCUUUCCUCUAAUUAUUCUGGUAUUGUGCUUGUAA